CCCAAAUUGAGUGGGGCUUGUAAUGAGGAAGAGUGCGGCAGGAGAGUACAUCAAAGGCUGCUUCAGACCAGUCCGUGUUCUCUCACUGCUUCUUCUCGUCAUUACUCUGAUUGUUUUAUUCAAAGAACUUUGGAGGCGAAAGGAACCUGCAAAGAAGCCUCCUCCACCAGCUCUUGACCUUGGCUGCCUGUAUACAGUACACCCUCCACAGGGAACCCAGGCGUGGCAGCUUAUAUCAUUCAUUAUAAGUCCAACGCCAAAGCAAAAAUGCCAUGUUGAUGCGUGGAACACCAUCUGUGGCACGGGGCAUGGUGCCUCCAACUUUCGAAUACAAGCCUUUGGUUCUCAUGAAAUGGUUACAGGAAAAGUUCAUCACAUUGCAAAUGAUACUUACAACGCCACUCUGUUGUUAACUUUCGCGGAUGAGUAUAUAAUCUUGGUCAUUUUGACUUAUGUAAAUAACGACAGUCUUGAGUAUCGAUAUCACGCGAGAGCUGUUUUGCAGCAUGUGCUGAACAGUCCCUUUGAUCUGACUGUUACCCGGGGUCCGCCUCCGCGAGAUCACACUCGUUAUUGCACUCGGGAGGAAAGUGGAACUUUCCAAGGAAGGUGGGUGGAAUGCGGAAGUAUCCCAGGAAUCGAGAGAUGCGGUCAAUGGCAGCUUGACCCCGCCUACGACUUCGAUCAAAUCCACGGUUUCCAUUGGCUGCCAUAUUUUUGCCAGUUGCAUCACUACAGCAGCGAUGAGAUCAAAAAAUGUUUUGCAAAGCAAGGUUGGUCCGAGGUCGUUUUCACCGGAGACUCGCACAUGCGCUAUAGAACGUAUCACUGGGUGACACGACUGCAUGGCUCCUGUCACGGUUGUAUUAAAACGCACGUAAAAAUGGUGUUUGACAAGAUCCCACGCAUUGAGUGGGUAUUUGAUGCGCGUGGAACGCGAUGGCCACUUACGUUUCCAAACAUCUCAAUGCCCCACGAGGUUUACGUCCACCCAAGAACAAGACGGUCUAUGUUCUCCAAAGGACUACCAUCAUCCGUAUUCAGCGGUAAACUGUUUCUUAUGAACUUUGGGCACUGGAUUUUGCGAGAGAGCACAAAGGAAACAUUCAUAAGAGAUAAAAUUCACGCUUUUCUUGAGGCAAUUCGAGUAAUGAACCGAACAGGUGAAGGGAAAAAGAGAUUUAUAUGGUUAAACACAGUAAGUCUACCUUGGAGAGAAGAUCAGGCGAUGGUAGAAUGGCUAGAAAAUCCAUCCCCGACGCGCGUGGCGCAACUAAACAGUCUGACUGACCAGGUUAUCAGGGACAGUGGCGUUCAGAUCAUCGAUGUGUUCCAGAUAUCAAAUAGUCGCAUAGGCGCCACACACGACCAGACACAUUAUGCAAAGAGGAUGGAGAGGGGGGACUGUGGAGGAGUGGUGGAAAAUGCCAUCAGUAAUGUUAUAGCUAAUUCUCUAUGUAACUAUGACAAGUGGUAAGGUAGUUGUUACUGAUGAGUGCACGCCUCUCACGUUUAAAAGGCGACUGGAUUCUACAUGAAGAAGGUGAGAGAUGCUUCGGGAUUACCAACUUCAAAUCACUUAGGAGUUGACCCAAUGAUCCUUAAGUUCUCUCAUCCGUGACAAAAAAAAAAUUUAAAAGACAAAACGAAUAAAUGAAUAGAUGGAUAAACGAGGGCUACCUAAAGCUGGAUAUACCCUAUAGGUGUAAAUGAGUCAUACUGUCGUAUGUCAAGCUUUUGGCCAAUGAUCAUGUAAAUGAAAAUGAUAAAGGUUAAGCCUGGUGAUUUUAUUGAAGAUGAGGCAUAGGCAUACUCGAAGAAAAGAAAAAACUCCGAGUUCUCUUAGGGACUCAAACCUAAAAUCUUCGUAUUAGUACUUCCGGUUAGUACUUCUACUACUGAGAACUACUGAACUAUAGGAGACUCGUAGCAGGCUUGGCCGUUCAACUAGGUUUUACCUGUUUCCGGCUUAUUGCUGCCAUGACGGUGUAAAGGAAAAUGGUACCAUGCAUUUCAGAUGCUUUACCACUGAGCCAUAAGAGACUGCAGACAGGCUUGGCUGUUUAACCAGGUCCAUGGUUCUAGCAUAUUGUGUUCUGUCAUGCGUUGCUUUACUCCCGUGCGCAUCAGGCAUGCCGAUAAUUCUUGGUUCUAGCGGUUGCGGUAUGUGCUCGCACAGUGUUCGAGACAUUCUUGUUUUCGAAUAAAAUAAUGGUUAAACUGCUAAAGAAUGCCUUGUCCUCGAGGAUUUGAUCUUUAACCAGGAAACGAGACUGUUAGGUCAGAACAUCUUGCAAGGAUGGGACUAUCGAAUCUAGGGCUUUUGCAUACAAACGAUGUUAAUUGAGAUGGUAAGUGUUAAGCUUGUGAAAGGAGAUAUAUUCGAUGAAUGACAAAGGCUUACUCGGUGAAAAAAGGAACUUCGAAUGCUCCCAAACGGAUUUGUGCCUAUUCAUCAGUGCUCCGUAUGCUCAACCGCUGUGCUGUAGAAGAAUCGUGCCAGCCAAGAUGGUAUAUGUUAAGCCUUGAGAUAUAAAAGAAAUCUGACGUACUCAGUGAGUGACAUAGGCGAAGCUGGAGUAAAGAAAGGAAAUCAGAGUAUUUCUG